AUGGCACCAAGCCGCGUGGUCGAGUCCGGACAAGAUGCGACUGGCGUGUCGGUGAACGAAAAACAACAAAAACAGCAGCAAUUAACUCCCGCGCAAGCAACACGGCUACUGGCCCGCCGCAACAAAAUCACAUCCACUGCCGGCCUGGCGCCAGGCUAUCUGCAAGCCAACCUGCUCGUUCUUCCGGGCGAAUACGCCUCGCAUUUUGCCGACCUCUGCGCGCGCAACCCCGUGCCGUGUCCGAUCCUGGGCAUCACGCCGCGCGGGGAUCCGCAUCAGAUCAUUCCCGGGGACUGUAUACGCGAAGUGGACUCAUUGACUGAGGCGGGGGAUGAGGAAUUGUUGAAACUUGCAAAGACAAGUCCAAAUGGUGUCCCAAGUGGGAGUGACUCGACAGAAACCACCGAGGAGACAAGCACAGUGCCCGGCUUCGACAUACGCACCGACAUCCCCUCAUACAAAGUCUUUCACGGAGGCAAGCACGUCUCAACGCAGCGCGACAUCUUGAGCGAAUGGGGUCCGUCGCACGUCGGGUUCCUGAUCGGAUGCUCAUACUCGUUUGAAGACGGGCUGCUGGCCGCGGGCUUUUCGCUGCGGCAUCACGAACAGGGUACGAUUGUGCCCAUGUAUAAGACGAACAUCCCCGUGUUGCCGGCCGGGGUGUUUCACGGGUCGAAGUUCAUUGUCUCGAUGCGGCCGUUCAGAGCAGAAGACGUGGAAAAGGUGCGGGAGGUGACGAGACCGUAUCUGCCAACGCACGGAGAGCCGGUAGCGUGGGGAUGGGAGGGUGCGAAAGAGAUUGGGAUUCGGGAUGUGGAUAGUCCGGAUUUUGGAGAUAGGGCUGAAAUGAAAGAAGGAGAAGUACCUGUUUUCUGGGGCUGCGGUGUAACGCCCCAAAUGAUCGUCGAAGCAGCAGGUAGUCGCGUCGAGGGCGUCGUCAUGUCGCAUGAUCCGGGACACAUGCUGAUUACGGACUUGACUGUGGAAGAUCUCGCUCGAUUGCGAAAGUAGGCAUCGAAUCUUAAGAGUGUGUUUAGAAUCGUCAACUGCAUUUUCAUGUAGCCGUAGGUUUUAUAUACAAGCUCAUCUAUGGAUACAUUCGAAUAAGCGUCGCCUGUCCUAGGUGGAUUCGCCAUAUACUAUGUACUAUUGACGAAAAGAGUCAGCAUAAUGGUUUGAGAAAGGGAAGGAUUAGUAGGGUUAAUACCUUCGAAUAUCAAUUACCAUGAACAUUUGAACGAGGAAAUUGCAUUAUCUCGACGCCAGCACCGCAACACUAUCUGCUAGCACCCGCUGCCUCGUCCAAU